AUGCUGCCGGCUCGUCCCCCUCCUCGUUCCCCACCGUCUCAAGCUUCAAUUUUUGCCACAUCGCCGGUGGUUGAUCUGCCGGCAGAAUUGCGGGCGGCGGCCUGGAGCGGCAGUACGCAAGCUCUGACUCUAUACCGAGCCAGCCGGCACACCCGCCAAGGAGCUCCGCCAGCCGCUGCCCUAGCGCCCGCGGCCGUCAAUGCGUGGUCGGGCGCCGCGUCGAUGUUGCCGCUGCUCGGCGCCGCCGUCGCCGGCUCGUGGCUCGGCCGGUACCGCACCAUCGUCGCCUCCUUCGUUAUCUACAUCACGUGGCACAAAGGCGAGCUACCUUGGCGUGCAGAAGAGGCCCCCCUCCCUUGCCUUGUGCCCGGCGACCAACAACUGCGUGUCGACGUCCGAGAGGAUAAGCAAUUCCAAUCACUACGCUCCCCCAUGAAGAAGAAAGGUAAAUUUCAGCAUUCUAGCUUUCUUGCUGGGGGAGCUACAUCUGCUGCUAGGAAACUGGUUGCUCAAAAUGGGACUCUGAAGGCUAUUUGGCCUCACAGUGGCCACUAUCGCCCCACAGAGGAGAACUUCCAGGAGUUUAAAAGCUUCCUCAAUGACAACUUGGUUGAUCUCACUGAUGCACCUGAAGAAACUGGCUCUCUUCAGACAACUCAAGUCAUUCAAACAACAUCUACAGAGACAGAAAAACGUGAGGAACCAGUGGUGGCGCGCGAGAAGAUCCUUCAGAGGAGAUGGUGGUAG